GUCAGGGACUUCCACUUGAAUUAAUAGACUGUGUACUGACCUCGGCCCUCACACAUCUGUCUGCAGAGCUCUGCACAUCUGGCCUUAACUGACUGUAAGCUGUAGCCUGAGUGGCACAUAUCUACACACCUGUCUACAGUGUAACUACUCAGAUCUCUGCACACCUGCCAUCAACUGUCUAUAAGAUUCCAAGAUAAAGGAUCUUUAGACGCUCAGCUGAACAAAUGUCCACUAUAAACCCUCGGUUAACAGUGAACCAGCAGAGAACGAUCUGCUCUCAGCUGGGAAAGGUCAAACUACAGCUGCUGUACAAGGCCAGCGUCCAUGAAUACACCAAUGCAGUCUUCCACCAACGAUGUGACAACCGCUCUCCCACUGUGUCUGUGGGCUAUAACGCCUCUGGCUUUGUGUUUGGAGGAUACACCAAACAACCCUUUUCUCAGUCUGGACAGUAUGUCCAUGAUGACCAGGCCUUUCUUUUCACGUUCAGUGGUGAAAAACUCCUCAAAUAUCCAGUCACUCAACCUGCAUAUGCAGUGAAAAUGAUGACUAACUCUGGUCCUUUCUUUGGGGGAGCAUUGGCUCUAGCCGUUGCAAACAAACCUGAAGUUUAUAGUAAUCCAGGGAAAUAUUACAACUUCAACGCUGCAGAAAUGCACGGAAAUGACCUGAACCUGACUGAGUGUGAAGUCUACCAGGUGGAGGAAGAUACCACUGUGCAUCCCUGGAGGAAUAUAAUCUGGAAUUCUGAGAAGAGGAUAGAGCUGAUGGAGAUCAUUAAAACCUACCAACCCACAGACAGCUCCGUGUCCCAGGUUCGGGUUUUGCUCGUUGGACCAGUUGGAGCUGGAAAGUCCAGCUUCUUUAACUCUGUCAACUCUGUAUUCAGAGGACAUGUCACCAGUCAGGCCAUGACUGGCAGCUCCACCACCAGCCUCACCACACAGUUUCGUGCCUACUCUCUGAAAGAUGGACGGGAAGGCAAACCAUUGCCAAUAAUCUUUUGUGAUACCAUGGGGCUGGAGGAACGCAGUGGAGUGGGACUUAAUAUAGAUGACGUCGGCAGCAUUGUUAAAGGUUACCUGCCAGACUGUUAUCAGUUCAACCCCUCUGCUGCUCAGUAUUCGGGGGUCCGUGGCAUUUUCAAGCCUCCAGAGCUCAAGGACAAGAUCCACUGUGUAGCCUACAUCAUUGAUGCCUGCAAGAUCUCCAUCAUGCCUGCAAAGCUGGAGGAGAAGUUGAAAAACAUCCGCAGACAGAUCAACUCAAUGGGGAUUCCUCAACUGGUCGUGCUCACUAAAGUAGAUGAAGCCUGCCCUCUGGUGAAACAGGACCUGAAAAACAUUUACACCAGCGCCUACAUGAAGGAGACGGCGGAGCAGGCCAGUGUUCGGCUCGGUGUGCCUCUGUCCUGUAUCGUUCCAGUGAAGAACUACAAUGAAGAAUUGGAGUUGAACUUGAACUGUGACAUCCUGCUCCUCAAUGCCAUCAUUCAGAUGCUUCGCUUUGCUGAUAACUACUUUGAUGACCUUAGCCAAAGACCAAGCACUACAUGGUGUUCAUUGAUAUAAUGAAAUGUUCCUCAAAUGUCUUGUAGCUAAGUACAAUUAGUUCAGCAGGUGUAAAAAUAAAUAUAUAAAUAAUGAUAUCUUCAUGAUCCAGCUUAUAUCAGAAUGUUGGUGGUUGUGUUUUUAAAGUAAUUAGAACAACAUAACAGUUAUAUUUUUUUGUGAAUAUUCAUAUGGCUUUUCUUGUUUGAGAGAACUGUAAGAAGAUUGACUUGUGGCAGGCAUAGAUUAUUAUGUAGCUAUUAUAUUUACUUUAAAUAAGAGUUGAGCAGUGAAUUGCUUUGGUAAACUUUGCUGGCACAAGCCUGGGACUUUUCAGAACAAGUAUGUAUGUGGUGUUGUAUUUAAACUGUAUAAAUCUGGAUUGUCAGGAACUUUUUCCUUGUUUUUUCUGCUUUAGUCUAGUUUGACACCCUCUUUGUCUCCUCAGCUCUGAAAAACCAAUAUAUUCAAGUCAGAAAAGAACUGGGACUUGACUGGUGGAUGAGACUUCAGAUGUGAAUCUCUUGACUCUGACCUGCAUCACUUAGUAUGUUUACAUGGACAUGGAUACUUUUAAACUCAUUCUGGUUAUAACAUAAGACCAAGUCUCACUGUUAGACUGCUGGAUGAAGUCAUUAGAUUAUACUGAAGUGUAUACAUGCCCCAAACCAUAAAUCAGAAUAUUACUUUUUUAUAUGAUAAACAAAACAAUAUACCAGAAGAUUGAGUGUACUAUUGCAGGUGAGACACUGAAAAUGUGAGUUUCUUCAUUGUCCAUAUUAAUGUCCUUUAUGGUUAAGAUUCUGUUUGACUGUUUGUUAUGCCUAACAUCUUUUUAUUAUACAUGUUUAACACAGUUGAAUAUAGAUGAUAAUUCACAUGUCAUACAUUCGACUCAUUAAUCUGUAUCACACCAGUCAGAUAAACAUUCAUCAUCUGCAAUAAAUUGUCAGUUAUUGUGCUUAUUUCUAACAUCCAGCCUGAAGACUGUACUUAAUACUCAAGGUGAACAAAACACAGAACAGGUCACUUUAUGGACAAGUUUUAUAGGAUUUACUGCAACUUUAUUUCAGCCACUUUUCUGUAUAAUUCUGUCACUGCCCUGCUGACAUAUUGUUCUCAGUGAUUUCAAAUUGUUUUCUCAGCUGAUUUGAAGAAUCUGAUUCAGUGCCCUCAUAGGUGCAUUUUUUUUUUUAUUAUAACAAAAAGUUAAGAGAGGAUUGAGAUUGGGAGUGAAGCUAGAACCUCUGACAUUGGUGUCAGACAGACCAGACUGAUUGCACCAUGAUGCACCACACCUUUAGCCAUCAACCUGUACAACUCCUCACUCUGAGGGUGCAUAACUCAUAUUUACCAACAUAUUUAUACUGAUAAUGUGCAAUAUCACACGUUCACUUUAUUUUCAUAUAUCUUUACAUAAUUUCUUAUAUAUUCUCACCAUAUGCAACAAUUUAGGGGAAAGAAUUUUCCUGAUGUGCAAUAC